UUGCUUGCAGCCUAAGUAAGCAAACGAAUUGCAAGUCAGUUGCACUUAAAUUAAUAAUAAUAAGAGGGGACUUUUGGUUAAGUUUUAUUAAAAAAACUAAAAAACAGAAUUAUAUAUUUACAUAUAUAUAUGACGAGUUCGUGUGAUGCUGUGCAUAGAGAAGUGAUAUUUUAUAUAGAAAAACCAUUUUGAGUGAAAGAAUUUAUGUGAAUUUAAUCCUUUGAGAAAAGGAUAAAGACAAUUUCAUAGAAUAACAAAACAAAUAGAAGAAUUUUGGAUUAACAGUGUUUAGAAAUGAAAGUGCUUUUAUUACUGACGCUACUGGCGGUGACAUAUGGCGCUCGUUUAGAUAACAAAUAUUUACCGCCACCUGCCAGUGCGGCCUCUGCAGGCGGUGGGCCUGGUUUGCAAGGUCCAGGCGGUUUCACUGGUGCCGGUGGUCCUGGCAGACCAUUUGGUCAGCCAAAUAAUGGUUUGGGUGGUUUUUCAGGUGCUGGCGGACCUUCAAGACCAAUUGGUCCACCAAGCGGAGGUUUUGGUGGUCGUCCUGCUCCUGGGCCUUCCCAACCUUCAGGUCCACAAAUUCCAAUUCUCUCAUAUGUUAAUGAAAAUGACGGUGACGGAAAUUAUCGCUUUAGCUAUGAAACUGGUAAUGGUAUUAAAGCACAGGAAGAGGGUACUAUUAAAAAUAAGGGCUCACAGAAUGAAGUUUUAUUUGCUUCGCCUGAAGUAGUACAAGAUACUCCGUCGAACUUUAUAUUGGCAACAUUUGCCCAAAGUUGUUAUAAAAUAGUUUGGACCGUAGAAAUACAUGUAACUCUAUCAACUAAAUUACCUGCAACAUAA